AUGGCGGACACGGACGUGUGCUCGAGGGACAAUGGCGUCGGGCAGAAGAAGCGCCGCGAGACGCUGUCGGGAAGUGAUUCCGUACUUAAGAAGAUCAAACUGGAGAACGGGACGCCGCUCGAGGCAAACCCUAACACAAUUGAGGCCAUUCGCGAGAAGAAUAAGGCUCUGGGCAUCGAUAUCAAGGAGAAGAACCGCCGAGUCGCGUACUUGACCAAGAAAUGCGAGACGUUGUAUCGCUCGCGAGAGAUCACGAGCGCGUCCUUCUGCUGCGUGAGGAGACAGUGGCUCCAGCUCCAGGACGAGCUCUUGGCCACACUAAAAACAGUAGACCCUUGUGCUGUAUCGGAUGAGACGUGCAAGGAAGCCUGGCAUGCAGCAUUAGAAGCUGUGGAUGACUUUGGACAGGUCCGUGUCCAUCCAGAAGACCUCCUGUUACAUCUGCCAGAGUGGUUUAGUAUUGUACCUAGAGACGGAGAGACAGCAGAGCCGGAUGCUGAUGCGUUGUUGCCGAUGGACGACGUUGCAGACGAUGGCACGUUGAUUAAAACACACGGCCGGUCAAUUGUGGAAACGAAACUGCAUGCUCAGCUCGGGCAAAAAAGUGAAAAGAUGAAGGAGUUGUUACGGAAGCUGCUCGCAGUGGCGGCGGAUUGUGCGGAAAGUAAGGCCAAGUCGAUUGAAUAUGCACACAUUCUGCAAGCAAAACGAGCCGCGGUCGCGGAAACGCUCGAUCUCAAGGGCCGGCUACAUACGUGCAAAACGCGAAUAACUGAACUCGAACGUGAUGUUGAGAUCAAGGAAAUUGAACGUCAUCGAGCUUGUCGAGAUUACGACCGCCUGAGUGCAUACGUUGAGCAAAGUGGUGACGUCAAAGCGGAUGAUGUCAGUGAGAGUGAUAGCAAAAGCAAAGAUGUUGUAGAUACUGAGCAGUCUUGCGCUACAACGACAUCGAGGUCACCGAAUUCUGAGACUGCGCAACAAGAAGCUAUUGCAAAAAAAGAGAUGGAACACGCUACAGUUGUUACAACGAUGAGGGAGAAUAUGGGAAUUUUGAGCACUAAGUUGUACCAAGAGCGUCAAAAACUUGAAUUGAUGCGACGAGAGCUGGAGAAGUUCAAGGCAAUGGAAGUGGCGUGGAAAAAUGACGAGGCUGUUUUAGUACAAGCUCAUAAAGAAACAAUCAAGCAGCUUCAAGAUGAGAAGGCGCACGCUGACGAAGAAUACAACGAACUUUUGCAUAAAUCAAAGGAUCUGGAGCAUCAUAUGACGGAUAAAUGGGAAAAGAAAAUAUCCAAAAUUCAGGCAGAAAUGAGCAAAACAAAGUCGCAAAUGGAUGAGCUGAAUCUGAAGAAUGUAUCUCUUCGAGAGAAGAUCUCCAACGCAUCGACCUACAGAGAUCAGCUGUCGGAAGUAAAGCCAGAAUUGGAGUCAUGCAAGCGUGAAAACGUAAAGCUGAAAGCACAAAUCGAGCGUGAACAAAACCGGGCAGAUCGAGCGCAAGUUUCGGCAGACAAUCGUGAAAUCCAGACACUAACGCAAAAGGUAUCUCUGUUGACGAAGGAAAAGCUGGAUUUGCACCAGACUUUCGACAUGCUGAAAAACGCUGAAAUGAAAGGUGCGGAUGAGAAGCUGUCCGACGCUUUCCAGCGAUUAUCGGAAGUGGAGAAUAAGCUUGAAAAAGAGAGGCAAGAGCACCACGAUUGUAGAACGGAACGAGAAAUACUGCGUGCUGGGAUUGAGGAUUUGAAGACUUCCAGUGAAGCGUCACGAGAAGAAAAUGACGCCUUGCUAUUGGAGAUCGAUACGAUCUCAAAAGAAGUCAAUUCGUUGCGCCACGGUCGGAAGAAGUAUAUUCAGCAGAUUGAAGAGAAGCGCAAGGCGAAUAAGAAGCUUCACACGCUGCUUGCAAGGGAGGAGCAAGCCAAAGCGCACUGCUUCGAAGAGUUGGCUGCUGUUCGGCUGCAGGUCUCAUCUCUGAGCACCGUACACAAACAUCAGAAGACUUUCAUCGAGUCAUCCAAGGAGUCCUUGGAAGCAAAAGAGGCGGAGCUCGAGAAGAUGAAAGAAUACGUGGAGACGCUUGAGACAGAGCGUGAGGCUUCAGAUGCUGAAAAGCGCAAGGUGCUGCGAGAUGCCGAAGUAUCGAAAAAGGUUUGCGAGGCAGUAGAGAGGUCACAGCGCGAGCAGCGACUGCUGCAGGAAAGGCAGAAGUCGUGUGAGAACUGCACGGUACUCCGCAAGAAGAUGGAGGACGUUGAACGGGAGCUGCAACAUUUCAAAUCGGCGACUUGUACGGGUGAGCUCACGGAUCUAGAGCGGUUCGAGCUCCGCGACUUGCAGAAGCUCGUGAAUUGCUCCGUCUGUCAGGACCGGCGCAAGGACGUGAUUAUCUCCAAGUGUUUCCACAUGUUCUGCAAGGACUGCAUUGACACGAAUCUCAAGGCGCGCAACCGCAAGUGUCCCACAUGCAAAAAGAUGUUUGGUCAGGACGACGUUAAGACCGUCUGGUUCACAUAG